AUGUUGUCGGAAAUUUGUUUGGAAGUUACGACUGCUGCUGUGGAUUUUGGUUUCUGCGGAUGGCUGCUGACCAUAUUGUCAUAUUUUAUCGUAUUUAUCACCCUACCAUUUUCCGCUUGCGCAUGCAUCAAAGUUGUACAGGAGUACGAGCGAGCUGUUGUUUUUCGGUUAGGUCGACUGAUGGCCGGCGGAACUAGAGGACCAGGCAUUUUUUUUAUUAUUCCGUGUAUCGAUUCCUAUAGAAAAGUUGAUUUACGUGUGGUUUCGUUCGAUGUACCUCCUCAAGAAAUUCUUUCAAAAGACUCAGUAACGGUGGCUGUUGAUGCUGUAGUUUAUUUUCGGAUAUCCAAUGCCACGAUAUCAGUAGUGAACGUAGAAGAUGCGUCUAGGUCUACUAAGCUUUUAGCGCAAACUACUUUACGAAACAUUCUUGGCACUCGGACGCUCGCAGAAAUGCUCUCAGAUCGUGAAGCAAUUUCACUUCAAAUGCAGGCCACCCUAGAUGAAGCUACAGACCCUUGGGGCGUUAAGGUGGAACGAGUAGAAAUUAAAGAUGUUCGUUUACCGAUGCAGCUUCAGAGGGCUAUGGCAGCUGAAGCUGAGGCCGCUCGAGACGCUAGAGCUAGAGUAAUUGCUGCUGAAGGAGAGCAGAAUGCAUCGCAUGCAUUAAGUGAAGCAGCUGCGGUUAUUGCAGAAUCGCCAUCAGCUAUACAGCUUCGUUAUUUGCAGACACUGAAUUCUAUAAGUGCUGAAAAAAAUUCAACAAUUAUCUUUCCUCUACCAAUGGAAAUUAUCCGAUCUCUAGGUUUAUGCAAGUACAAUCUUCUAUGA